UACACUGUUGCUGUCUUCAGACACACCAGAAGAGGGCAUCAGAUCUCAUUACAGACGGUUGUGAGCCACCAUGUGGUUGCUGGGAAUUGAACUCAGGACCUCUGGAAGAGCAGUCGGGUGCUCUUAACCACUGAGCCAUCUCUCCAGCCCGGCCUUCAUUUUUCUCGAAAGGUGGCUCUCUCCACUGUGUGAGGAGAGCCAGGACGAAAAGGUAUUUUUGGAGUUAAUGGAGCCGGAAGAAGCUCUAGAAUCAGAGUGUUCAGAAAAGUCACUAUUUUCCUCACGGCAAGACUAUGAAGAAUCCCAAGAAGCAGAUGAAACAGGCCCUGAGAACCCCCUCCUGCAGCCGACUCUCACCGGGGACGUAGAAGGUUUACAGAAGAUUUUUGAGGAUCCCGAAAAUCCUCACCAUGAGAAUGCUGUGCAGCUGCUUUUGGAAGAAGACAUUGUUGGGAGAAAUCUGCUGUAUGCAGCUUGCAUGGCUGGCAAAAGUGAUGUAAUUAGAGCUUUGGCAAAGUAUGGGGUGAAUCUGAAUGAGAAAACUGCCAGAGGGUACACACUCUUACACUGCGCUGCAGCCUGGGGCCGCCUGGAAACUUUGAAGGCCCUGGUGGAACUGGAUGUUGAUAUAGAGGCUUUGAACUUCCGGGGAGAGAAAGCUCGAGACGUUGCUGCUCGCUAUUCUCAGGCCGAAUGUGUUCAUUUUCUGGACCGGGCAGAUGCAAGGCUGAUUCUGAAAAAAUUUAUUACAAAAUCCUCUCUCAUCGUUACUGACCCAGAAAAGACACCAGGGAAACUCUUCAAGGAAGAUAAGAAUGCCAUCCUCAACGCAUGCCGCAUGAAAAACGAGUGGUUGGAAAGCCACCCGGAGGCUUCCAUCAGUGAGCUUUUUGAGCAGAAACAACAACUGGAAGACAUUGUUUCCCCAAUCGUAGCAAAAAUGUCUACACCACGUAAGUUCUAUGUCUGAAUGUCAGGAAGUAGAAUUGUUAUGCUCA